UUGUAGCUGAAUGAAACGGGGUCCAUACGAUGUACUCUGCAACUUUACCUGGAUGGCAGUCCUCUUGCUUUGCGUCUCUUGUUGCAGUCGCAUUGACACUGUACAAUAGACUUCUCCCAGACCCCGGUUCUCAACUGCAGGAUGUUCAACAGCUGUCGGCGGAGUACGACUUCGUGAUCAUCGGUGGGGGCUCGGCCGGCGGGGUGCUGGCCAACCGGCUCUCCGAGGUCGGGAACUGGACGGUGCUGCUCCUGGAGGCGGGCGGUCCGGAGACGCCCCAGGCCCAGAUCCCACUUCUGGCAGGGAGUCUCCGGGACUCGGCCCUCGACUGGCAGUUCCACACCGCGCCACCCUCCGCCGGGCAGGGAUACUGCCUGGCCAUGAACGACGGCGUCUGCAAGUGGCCACGCGGCCGCGUCGUUGGCGGUUCCAGCGUCAUCAACUUCAUGCUCUACAUCCGCGGCAACCCCAGCGACUACGAUUAUUGGCAGCACCUCGGCAACCACGGCUGGGGCUACGAGCAGGUCAAAAAAUACUUCCUCAAAUCAGAGGACAACUCGAACCCCGAGCUCCUGAAAACACCUUAUCACGAGGCCGGCGGGUACUUGAGCGUCCAAGACGCCCCCUUCAUCUCUCAACUAGCCGAAGUCUUCCUGGAGGCCGGGCGACAUCUGGGCUACGGCGUCGUCGACAUCAACGGGCGGAACCAGACGGGGUUCGCCGUUCCGCAGGGCACCAUCCGCAACGGCUCGCGGUGCAGCGUGGCCAAGGCGUUCCUCCUCCCCGUCCGAGGGCGCCCCAAUCUGAGCGUCUCCAUGAACAGCCGCGUGACGAGAAUCGGCUUCGACCACCGGGAAUCGACGCCGCGGGCCAGGUCCGUGUUCUUCGUCAAGGACAACAAAAAGCACCUGGUUAAGAGCAGGAAGGAGAUAGUUCUCAGCGCAGGGACGAUCGGGUCCCCGCAGAUCCUUAUGCUGUCUGGCGUUGGCCCCAGGGAGCACCUUAAAGGGCUCGGGAUCAAGAUGGUCAAGGACCUCCCGGUUGGCGACAACCUACAGGACCACCUAAGCGUGGGCUCUCUGACCUUCAGGAUGGACCAACCGAUCACCUUGAAGCCAACAGACACGCAGACUCCUGACAGCGUGCUGCAGUACAUCCUCGAAGCCGACGGACCUCUCACAUCACUGGGUGGCGUGGAGGGUCUCGCCUUCAUCAACACCAAGUUCGCGGAUCCUUCGGGAGAUUUCCCCGACAUCCAAUUCCACUUCACCCCACUGAGCAUGUACAACUCAAACAAUCAUCCCCUGGGCCAAGCCUUCAACCUGCGACCAGACUUGUUCAACAACACCCCAUACGCGAGCCUCCAAGACGAGAACCUCUUCUCCAUCCUCCCCUUGCUUUUGCGUCCCCUGAGUCGCGGCUCAGUUCGGCUGCGAAGUCGCGACCCCUUCGAUCAUCCCCUCAUAGACCCCAACUACCUGGCUGAGCGGGAGGACGCGGAUGUGCUCGUCGAAGGGAUGAAGGCUGCCCUCCGGUUGGUCGAGACGCCGCCCUUCAAGGCCUUGAACGCGACGCCACUGCCUUGGCCUUUUCCGGGGUGCGAUUCGCACGAUAUUUUUUCGGACGAGUACCUGGAGUGCACGAUCAGGCAUUUCACGAUGACGUUCUAUCACCCGACGUCGACGUGUGCCAUGGGGGUGGUGGUUGACCCGAGGUUGAGGGUGUUGGGGCUGCGAGGGUUGCGCGUUGUCGAUGCCAGUGUCAUGCCGACGGUGCCCAGUGGAAACACGAAUGCCCCGACGAUCAUGGUCGCCGAGAAGGGGGCUGACAUGAUUAAGGAGGAUUGGAGCUCGUGAGGUGGAACCAAACGUUUUUGGAGACCAGUGGCGUGGCAUGCUUUGCGAUAUAUCGCUUGAUCUGCCAUUAAAACCUAUAGAAAAUGAUCGCUCAACAGGAUGUUGGCGACGAGAAUUUUAAUAAUCGAUUCUUUGCCGAAGCCUUAAAUGGGGAAAUAUCGAUAGUCGAUAAUUCACACCUCGCCACUGAUGAAGACCUCAUCAUGUAUCUUUUCGGAGUGCAGCUAAAAAACCACGUGCGAUUAAAAAUAAAUUUAGUAAGUUGUAACAGCGAUGCCAAGACUGGCGGGCCCUU